UUUCGAUGACGUCAGCUUUGGAAGCGAGUUGCGUUUGGCUGCUGCGGUGACGGUGCUCCGAGAAGCUUCGGGAAUUUUGCUUUAGAAUCUUCAGUUGGUGGACGAACACGCAAAAGGGUUAUCACAAUGUCAUAUUAUGAUGCUGAGGUUGGUGGAGUGGGCUAUGGCAACGACAACACAAUCAACAGCUUUUCAGAGAAAGCCGUGCGUCACGGCUUUAUCCGCAAGGUAUAUGGCAUCCUUGUCGUUCAGCUGGGGAUCACCACAGGGUUCAUUGCCCUGUUCAUCUUUGAGCCCAAUGUCAAGCUCUACUCCCGCCAGCACCCAGGAUUAUACAUAUCAGCCAUGGUGAUCACUUUUGUGUUGAUGAUUGUGUUGGCCUGCUGUGAAAGCGUUCGGCGUUCGUUUCCUGUCAACCUCAUCUUGCUGAUGUUAUUUACGGUUUGUGAAUCUGUUCUUCUUGGCACUGUCUCCAGCUUCUACAGAGUCGAAGAAGUGAUGAUUGCCGCAGCAAUAUGUACCGUCGUUUGUCUUGGUUUGACCCUGUUUGCGUUCCAAACAAAAUGGGACUUCACCACCAUGUCUGGCAUCCUGUUUGUCUGCGCUCUGGUGUUCAUGUGCUUUGGAUUUGCACUCAUCAUCAUCAGAUCAGAUAUUGUUCGCCUCGUGUAUGCCUGCAUCGGUGCCCUGCUCUUCUCAGUGUAUUUAGUAUUUGAUACCCAGAUGAUGCUUGGAGGCAACCAUAAGUACAGCGUCUCUCCGGAAGAGUACAUCUUCGCUGCACUCAGCCUCUACGUUGACAUUGUCAACCUGUUCCUCAUGAUUCUGCAGAUUGUUGGUUACGCCAACAAGGACUGAAGAGGCCCGUACAUUCUGUUCGACACCCAGCUGAUGAUGGGAGGCGGGCACACGUUUGCAAUCUCUCCCGAGGAGCACAUCUUUGCGGCACUCACACUCUAUGUGGACGUGGUCACCCUCUUCCUCUACAUCCUCCAGAUUGUGUCCCAGGCAAGCGGAGAGCGGCGGUCCUCCGGCAGUUUUGUGUGACGGCCACGAUCUUCCUCGGAGAUGAGGGUCCUGCCCUCGGGAGGGAGGCACGCGUAACAUUCCUCGUUCUUUCUAGCUUACUUUGAUCAUCACCCUCUGUGCUCGGUGCUGGCUGCAGGUCCAAAUUGCAUGCUAAACCCGGUUUCUUUUUUUUCUUUUUUGUCUU